AUGUCAGUAUCGGUGAAAUGUCUGCAAAUAAUUGUCAGUGUUCUGUGCUUUUUGAUGAUGAUCUUAGGUAUCAUACUUCUAGUUUUGGGAAUAAUGGCUUAUAAUGUCUACCACACGGAAGUGAACGCUAAUGUAUCCUCUAUCAGCUACAUGGUGGUUGGUAGCUUCAUCGUCGCCGUGGCGAUUUUUGGCCUGGUUGGAGCUAUCUGCAAGAAUUACUGCUUGCUGAUCAUUUAUUCCAAACUUUAUGAAGACGGAUACAAGAGGGCCAUCGAGACGUACCACACUGAGAAGAAUAGCAAAGAAUUUGUUGACCAUGCUCAGAAAAAUUUUCAGUGUUGCGGAUAUGUGGAUUACACGGAAUGGGCGGCCUCUUUUUUUGACUUCAAACACGGAGUACUGCCGAUGAGCUGCUGUGUGGAAGGGGCGAAAGUUUGCAACAUCAACCACAACUUCCAUGAUGUCCAUAAGAAGAGAGUAUGUGAAUACGAGUGA